AUGACUUAUAGUGAUCGUCUGUACUGGAUUACUGUAAUCAAUACUUUUUUAAUGUUUAACGUUGCAGGUUUCUCCACUAAUGUUCCUGUUAUUCUUCCAUCUGAUCUUCCGACAGUCGAGGAAGUGAGAGGAUUUAAUACCGAAGAACUUAAUGGCUUUUUGAAAAGGAGGUUAAACGACAUUGAUGAUCAAACAGACACGUUAACAUCUCAAAAAGUCAGGGGCUUAACUUUUCUUAAAUUAACACGAGAUAAUCUUUUGAGUAUCCAAAUACCUCUCGGACCAGCAAUAGAAAUCGUUGAGUUGAUUAAUGAAAUUCAAGGAGGCAAAAAACCUCUUGCAGUAAUUAAGGAACAUGUGCUAUAUGUACGGAAAUCCUAUGUGGAUUUAUAUCACAUAGUUACCAAUGAGAAUUGCAAUCCCAAAACCGAUGCCACUGUCAUUUUUAAGGCUCUUGAUGAUAAAAUUUUAUACUGUUUUGAGGAUUCUAAUCUGUUUGUUGGAGAUUUUGAAGAAUUUUUGGAGCGACUAUGUAACCCCCAAACGUGGUAUUUGGUGGAUGGUACAGUUCCCAGUGAUGUCUUAGCAAGAACAGUCAUUUCUGCAUCAUCAAAAAAAGAGUUGGAAACCUGCCGAUUAGGUGUCUUCCUGGAGCAUCUAUUAUUCGUCAGGAAAAUCCCAAUGUCAAGGGGCAAACAGACCAUUCUCAGUAAUAGGAAUGAGGUUAAGAAAAUGUCUUUAGAACGUGUUAAACAAGCUCUUUCUGAAAUUAGAGAUUUUAGAAAGCUUAUACGGUGCUUCUCUGAAAAUGAAAAUAUAUUGAAUUCAGCAAUCACCUUAUUCAUCGGGGGCCUGACACUUUCUACCGAGAACAAUCUCUCUCAUGUGCCUCUGGUUGUAUUUUUGAUAAAAUCCAAAAAAAAACUGGAAGAUAGUAGAUGGAACGAUCUAUUUCUAAAAAUUCAAUAUCCUGGUGACCCUUCUAGCUCCAGGGGGAUUAUGUUUGAAUCACACAUACUUCACCUCUUUAAGCUUGGUGUCAAACGUUUAAAUUGA